AUGAUUAUUGACGCCUGCCCAUCGUCAGCGGACCUGAUAGAGUCGGAGCUUAUUGGGCCGGGAUGCCUCUUUCGCCAACAUUCGGAUAAUCUUUUGCAGUUCAUAUGUGGCAAGCGAGCGGAAGCGAUAGAGUUGAGACGGAGCCAACUAGCUCCACUGAACACAAACGUUGCUAUGGUAUUAUCGAAGAUUCCUCCUUCCGAAUCUCAUCUCUUUGACGAGAAUAAAAUUGAGGAUCUGUUAAAGUCACAAGCAGGAAGCCUGAGGCCGACAUUUAAGAGGAAAAUUCCUUUCGCGAAACAAGACCAGUAA